UUUUCUCUGUUAUUUCGAUGUAGGAGUAUAUCCUUUGGCACGUGGAACAUUUGGUUGCACUCUUACUAUCGGUAUUGCUUCAGUUACAUUACCUCGACGACGUUUCGGUCUAGGGCAUUUAGCAGACGGUUUCUUACAUACAUUAGCUGCUGCUGCUGAGAUCAACAUGGGGUUGCUUACGAUUAUUAAGAAGGUCAAGCAGAAAGAAAAGGAGAUGCGGAUCCUCAUGGUCGCAGGGGCCUUGACAACGCGGGAAAGACGACAAUCGUAAAGCGACUUAAUGGAGAGGACAUCACCACGAUCAGCCCGACGCUGGGGUUUAACAUUAAGACGAUGACAUUCAAGGGCUACAAGCUCAACAUCUGGGACAUCGGCGGCCAGAAGACGCUGCGCCCCUACUGGCGCAACUACUACGAGAAGACGGACGCGCUGAUCUGGGUGGUGGACUCGGCGGACCUGGCGCGGCUGCAGGACUGCAGGGAGGAGCUGCACCGGCUGCUGUCCGAGGAGCGGCUGUUCGGCGCCUCUCUGCUGGUGUUCGCAAACAAGCAGGACAUACCCGCCGCGCUGUCUGUGCAGCAGCUGGAGGAGGCCCUGGACCUCGGCUCCAUCUCCAAGCGCCACUGCCGGGUGGUGGCCUGCAGCGCGGUGGACGGGAGCGGGCUGCUGGAGGGGUUCGACUUCGUGGUGACCGACAUCUCGCAGCGGAUAUACAUGUUCUCGUAGCCAGCAGGGGGGGGGGUAGGGGGGUAAAGAGGAAACAUCUAACUGACCGUGUGAUAAGGCAUCAUCAUGGUUUGCAACAUGUGAGCCAGCCCGACCCGCCCAGCCCGAUUUGCCAAGCCAUGGGGAGUGGAGAAGAGGGGAGCAGCGCGCGUGACGAGGGGGGUGCGCAUCCACAUCUCCUCCUAGCCGGGUUGGACGCAGCGGAGCGGCGGGGCGCAUGAUGCGGCGAAAGCGCUGCAGCGGAGGGAAGGCGGCGGGGGCGAGCAGGCGGCCCUCUCCUCUCGUAGCAGGGGGCGCAGCAGAUGGACGACGUGACAUGGGGGCAGUCACACAGGGGCCCUUAUGAAGGGGGGAGGAUUGUUAUGAAGAAGGGGAGAUAUAUUCACGGGCCGAGAGCUGCUUGCAUGGAUAUGCAUCGGGCCGCCGACCCGCCCCCUGCGUGCCGCCGACUGCUCGCCCGCUGUUGUACACCGCAUGCAUGGAAGGAUUGGGUUUCGGGACGGGAACCCAGCCGCGCGCUCCGGGGUCAUUUUUCUAGUGCACAUAUCAUGCGUUCCUCGCUUUCGGUUGAGUGGGGCGUUAUUUGAUUAUUGCGCUUGACAGCCCUCCGCGGCGUCCACAACCGCAUUACAACAAGAUGCGACGCGGGGUGCACGGCGCGAUGGCGGCGAGGAGGUCGUCGCUGAUGGCGGUGGAGGGGCGGGUGUGGGAGCAGGCGAGGAAGCGAGGGACGGGCGGGUUCGUGUGCAUCUUGACUGUAGCGGCGUGGUAGGCGGGGUAGGAGACGUGGAGCUGGGUGGGGGUAAACAAUAUAUAAUGAGGCACUGACGAUGCAACUAACGAGCUGUAUGACAAGGCGUGGGGGUGGGGGAGGCGGUGUAUAUAUGGGUAGCGGUGCCGGGCGGCAAGGAGAGGGUUGAAGUGGGGGAGGAGGAGGAGGAGGAGGGUGCGCACGCACGCCGCCUCACGGGAGAUGUCUUCUUACCUGCACUGACCCUUGGGUCACGUGCCGAGGCGCGUCCACUGUGUGAGUGCUCACCUGCAUGCGUACUCGUACCGCCAAUCCAGGGGCCCAGUUGGGCUUCCCUACAGCUUGCUCCGCACCAGCAGGGGUGCAGGUAUGGGGUGGGUUCACUGUUUGCCCGGGCAGCUUGUACGUGUUGAUUACGAAUGAAUCAAGGGAUCUGAGCUGUUGGUAUGUUACCCGUACGCUGCGGGGAAGCAGCGAGGCAUGGGUUCCGGAGCCGUUGAGGCCGCCGGAAGGAGGUUGUGGUGGGUGGGCCAGUGGUUCACAGGUGGUGCACGCAGGAGUCGUACCGCACCGGGGAUGUGCCACAUUGGCAAGCUUCAUACCCGGGCAUGGGGCCUGGGCACUCCGACCUGCCGAACCGGCUAGCGCAUGGCUUGCUGACUGGUCAUGUACAUACAUAUGAGUCACGACAACGCUCUAAUGCUGUACACAACCUAUUGAGGCCA